CAUAUUUCCGUGUUUCCUACCCAGCUACCCAGCUACCCAGCUCCCUACGUUAAGCGUUAGGUACUAAUGCAAAAUCGGCAAGUGUUUAGGCGCCUCAUUAUGUACCUGCUAAUGCGGGUCCCCCGCCAAAUCUAGCCCUAAGUUCUAACUCUCUAACUCUCACUUUGACGGUUGACUUGAUUUUUGGAGCUAGGUUUAGGUAGGUAUUUGCAUUGUACAACAUAAUCUGGAGAUUUGAAAUACUACUUACUAAAUGCACAGGAAGUCAGUUCUUACGUUUUUUAAUGUAAGAAUAUUGCGCAACUACCAAAUAUAAAACUUUAUCUUACUUUAGAUCUAGGAACAUAGCGCCUCGACUUAAAAGGGAGUACAACAACAAUAACAACAACACACACAUGCUUAGUGCCCGAUAUGACUGCUUCGUAUGCGGUUAAUGUAGGCGCAUGUACUUCCAAUAGCUGUUGUUACAGGUGCCUUAGGCCUACACAAGACGCCAGCAUUUACGGUGCACGGAUCCAGGUUACAUCAAACUUGCAUCUAUGAUUUCCGACCGAAGAAUAUGUCACAUCGUCAGGCAUCUCUUGCCAGGCUCAUCCAUCACUCUUUGUCCAAAUACGGAAGUUCUUAUAAACGGCUAUACGGACGUCCUUAAUAUAAACUGCCUAUAGAUAUCGGACCUGUAGUUACCUUAAUUUACCUUAUGACGGACAUAGAUUCGGAUGCAGAGCCGGAUAGCCCUCCGGCCACGCCGGCCCUGCAAACGCCCCCUCGGAGCGCCAAGUUAGAGGAGUAUCAUCCCCCCUGGUCCUUAUACCACGCUGCUGCAACUCCUCAAUCAUCACCACCAGCCUCUCCGUCCUUGCCGUCCUUGCGGCUUCACUCCUUAGGCAUGUCUCCGUUCUCUCCAGCGCGUCGCCAGUUUACGUCGCCCCUUAUUAAAUCUGCAUCCCUUGUGCAUCUAACUGAGGCGGGGCGACCUGGGCGAGAAUCCGUUGUACAAGACAGCAAAGACGUCCUCGUACAGCGACUAAAUAAUCUUGCCGCUCAGCUAAGCAAACAGGAUAAUAUCCAAGAGCAGAAUGUCAAUAGACUGCAUGCGAAAGUGGACGAGAUGGAAAAGGCUCUAUCCACGCGAGAUUAUCCGCCAAAUCAGAAGUCUCUAAAGUCGAGACCUACCAGCAUAGUACUGCAGGAUAGCAGAAAUGAACGCGACUCCUUCUGGGGACCGCUAACACCUGGGCAUACGAUGCCUAGUAUUUCAACCGCGCCGUUACCUACGUACACGACUUCAUCUACUCAAACUGAAGAAAGUCGUGAUGCACGUGAAGUUGUCGCCGCUAAAGGGUCUCAGUUGUCGUCAGUGCAGGCUAAUCGAGUCGCCGCGGAAGCACAAAUUUUGUGCAAGGAACUAGAAGAGGUUGUCUCAGGACUACGCGCUCGACAGGAGGAAACAGAUCAUAUCCACGAACUACUUAUCACACGUGCGGAACGCGCCGCGCAGAGAAUCAUUUACCUUGAAAAGCGGGUCAAGGAACUCGAAUGUGAACGAAACGAAGGUGAGAUGGAGAUGCUCAGCCUACAGAUUCAGCUAAAGGCGAUCGAGGUGCAGUGCUUAAGCUACGUGCCGAAAGAUGCCGAUGAGGAAUUGCGAGAAAGCAUUUCGGCAUGGAAGACGGAGUGGUCUGCCCUGAAGCGAAAAAGGGCUCGAAGAAAAGCUAGCGCAGGCGAAGAUCUAAGGACAUUGGGAACUCACAUCAGACAGCCGAAAAAUACGAAUUCCCCAGGCUGAAUGAAUACCGUACCGGCUACUUUUGUACAUCAUCGCCUGCUGAAGCCCGAAUGUUUCUAGCGGUCUAGGGGUAUUACUUAGAGGGGUAAACGGCGGUGGCGAUCAUACAUAUAUUCC